CAACCGCAUCUUCACCAAGUGUUUGGAGAGGAGUCCCCGAGCGAUGCGUCCAUCCGUCUGAAGAAACACCCACCGAUGACCCCUAGAGCCUCCGGAGGGGGUUGCUGGGGAUGUGUAGCUUGGGGAGCCUCACUGGGUUUGUGGCCACAAGGGAGAAUCCCAGCAGCCAUAGGCUCAAUCCUGAGGUUUCAACAGCUUGAGAACCUACGCUGUGAGCCACUGCAACUUCUGCAGUUCAUCAGCAUGGGGAGAGGGGACAAGGAAGAACAGGACAUCCCUAGCUCAUAAGAAUAAAAAGUGCAUUACAGAGCACAGGAUCUACCAGCAAAUGGAUACUCUAGUGUCCCGGACUCCUGGAAGGGGAACUUUCUUCUUGGCUGGAUCCUGUUACAUAUAACUGAUUUGGGCAACAAUUUGAGAAUUCUGUGAUUUUACUCUCCAAUCUCUGCAGCUGUUAAACCUCCUGGAAAAACUGGAAACGUGCCUUACAUGAAAACGUGUGAACCAGGCAAAGAAGGAAUAUGAGUGAAAAUCCCGAAGACUCACCAGUAUGUGACGCCCAAUGAUGAGCAGUAGCUACUGCAGCAAUGCUUCAGCCAGCAUGAGUGUCAACGAAGUGUCCACCUUCUCACUGACCUUGGAGCAAAAAACUGGCUUUGCCUUUGUAGGGAUUCUGUGCGUUUUCUUGGGACUACUCAUUAUUAGAUGCUUCAAAAUCUUACUGGACCCCUAUAGUAGCAUGCCAUCUUCCACUUGGGAAGAUGAAGUCGAGGGUCUUGAUAAAGGAACGUUUGAAUAUGCUCUUGCAUGAAAACUCAAAAGAGUAUCCUGCCUUACUUUUGAUGUUGAUUUCAUUUUGAAAACCUAGUGCUGAUACAUUUGUACUAUAUACCUAUGUUUUGAAGAUUUGAUGGUGGCAUCCAUUUUGUUAAAUAAAUAUUCG